AUGGAUAACACGUUAUUCCAAGUAUUUAGAAAUAAAUAUUUGUUUCAGUAUAUCUUUGAUCAACUACCGGUCAAGAGAUCGGUACGACAAACAAUCAACCUUUGUUUGAUACAAGAGGAAAUAGAUUCAAGACAACUUAUAGAUAGAUAUGGUUUGGUGUUAUUAAAAUACCGACACUGGUUUAGAGUUAGUGAUAUAUUGGAUAAUGGAUACAUAGGAUUACUAAUUGAUAAAUUAAAGAGAAACGAACCACUGAGAUUCACAUCCAAGGAUGCAGAGACUAUCUGUUCUACGUUUGACUCGUUUACACAAUUCAAAGAGAUCUAUCAAGCGAGAAGACUCAACUUUCAGUCACCUGGAUGCAUCAAUGCGGCGUGUAUCAAGGGUAACAUUGAUAUUGUCAACCAUCUACUCAACAACUUGCACAUUUCCGACGCAUUUGAACAAAAGUGGUAUUUGAACAAUGUGAUGUACAGUUCGUUGCUCAAUCGAAGUACUACCAACCGUGUAGCAUUCCUCGACUUUAUAGUCUCUCAUCCCGUCGUUAGAGACUACCUCACCGCCACUAAUCUUGAUCCUCCUCGAUACUACCUUCUUAAUCAAGAUGUUAAUCGAAUAGGUCACACUGAAUCGAGUGGAUUCAGUACGGUCAUUCAAAUGAUCACCGAUGCAUCAGUCUUUAGAUGGAUGAUCGAUCAUUGUGAAUUAUCACAAGACUUGUUUGAAAAUAGAACAUACCGUCCUAAUUUCUACAAGAUGGGAGAUAUGUCGUUACUCGAACAAUUCAACCCGAUGAGAGAGUGGUCAACCAAGAUGGUCAUGACCGAUAUCAACAGUCACCAAACUCAGCCAACACUCAGAAUCAACCUACUUCUCUACUAUAUCAAAAAUAAUAAUAUCACCAAACUACCACUCCAUCACGAUUACGAUGCACUGGUCGCAGGGUACCGACAAAAUGUUGAAAAGAGAAUGGAAGGCCGAGAACCGAUCAGUUCAAUUGUAAAAGAGACGUUGGUAUACAACGACCUUUACAUAUUUGUAGCACAACGAAUUAAUUUGGCAGAGUUGGCAUUUGAACCAUACCUAGCAUACGAGGUUCGGUUGGGACAAGUGUCAUCCAUCAGUCACUGUAUCGAACAUUACAGUAUGGUACAUCGCCGACAGUUUUAUCAAUGCCUCUUUGAAAAUGUUGCCACUCUAGAACAGGUAAAAGAGGUGAUGCGCAUCAUCACAACCACACCGCAGUUUGGCAAUAUUGACGACGCACCAUUCCUCGGGGCAGCUGCAAGAAGUGAUGACUUUGGAUGUGACAUUAUCGAUUAUUUAUCAAGUCAUCAUCCCAGACACCAUCAAAUCGAAUCGUCUCGACUAUACCGUGUCUUUAAAAACCAAAAUAUCAUGAUCAAAGUUGCAUCGAUCAUUUCAUCCGAUCUAAUCAAAGGAAACUUGUAUACCUACUAUAUGCACAGCUACUCAUUUGUCGACGAAGCGUUUCUGGACUGGCUAGAGCUACAUCAAUUCAAGUUGUUUGUUCCAAACCACUUUUAUCACCAGUUCCUCGGUCGUGCCAUUGAAUCUAGAUCAAUUAAAAUGAUUGACGCAUCGAUUCAAACACUCAACCUCGUAUCAAAAGAUUUCUCAUUGGAAUCAUUUAAAAAACUAUGGACCAUCAUUCCCUACAUCCUCUUUAAAUAUCCAAACAACAAAAUCAAAUUAAAUCAUCCACCAAAAGUUUGGCCAUCUCCUUCUCAUUUUAUUGAGCAAUUAUUUACAAAAGAUGAAGAGUAUUUCUCGUUUGCAACUAGUGUCGAUAUGGUGGAGUGUCUGUAUCAACGCUCCAAACCUCAAAAGUGGAGUAUAGAGCAGAGAGCAAAAACAAUCAUUAAAAUGCUCGAGGUGGUACUUGACAAUACCGAUAUUAUCCAGCACUGCAUCGAUGAACAACAACAACAUACACAUCCAAUCAGCAUAGUAUAUCAUAUGACAGAUGCUUCCUGCAUCAAUCAUAAUCUCUUUUAUCAUAUCUCUUAUUUAAUUUAUCAUAAUAUUCUACACAAACAAUUUAUAUAUCUUCUCUAUUUAUAA